UACCGGUCUUGCUGGCGACUUUCAAGAAAUUGUCCAUCAUCUUCUCUCUUCAGUCAAAAGCAGGAUUAUUCUUCAUUCGAUUGAUAAUUUAAAAAAUGGAUCGUUGGAUACACCAGAGUCUGUCAGGACUCCUGGACUACCCAGUCACCGAGGAGAUGAUCCAGUACAUCCUGACGAUUGAGAACGAGAGGGAUUUGGAUGACUUCUUCAAGAAUUUCUUGGACACCAGCAAUCCCAAGCACAAAAACUUCAUAUUCGAACUCAAGAGGAGAAAGGCCCAUGAGAAUCAGUUCACUGGCUACAGGAAGCCCAACGACAGUGACAGCCUCCCCCAGAAGUCCAAGGACAAGAAAAAAUCAAAAUCAAGGGAGAAGGAAGUCGUCGAGUCCCCCCAGGAGCCCUUAAAACCAGAUAAACCAGAUAAGAGACGAAAAUUCGUCAAUUUAUAUUCAGUCGAGGGUAACAAAGUUGCUGUUCUCCUGAAGGGACGAGUCAAGUGCGACUGCGAGGCAAAAAUUCACACAUUAAUUAACAAUUGCUUGUCCUGUGGGAGAAUAGUUUGUACACAGGAGGGGGCAGGCCCCUGUUUCUUCUGUGGGGAGUUGGUUUGCACUCCCAAUCAACAGGCUCUCUUGUUAUCCAACUCCAAAGCCUCAGACAAUCUUUAUAAUAAAUUAAUGGGGGAUAACACUGGUAAAGCUGCGUUGAAGCAGAGGGACAAGCUUCUGGAGUACGACAGGAACAGCGCGAAAAGAACGCAGGUAAUUGAUGACGAGUCGGACUACUACCAGUCCAGCAAUAGUGUGUGGUUGUCCAAAGAGGAGAGAGCACAGAUGGAAAAGAGAGAGGCUGAGAUGAGGGAGAAAAAGUAUGGAUCUCGCUUAGAGAAGAAGUUCACAGUGGAUAUCUUUGGGAGGCAAGUCGUUGAGGAGGAGGACGAUGCUGAGGAUAUCUUCAAGAGACAGCUGGAGGUCCUGGAGAACACUGCAAGAAUGGCUGGGGGAGGGGAAGAGCUGAUCUGUCCGAAUUUCGAGUUCGAUCGGCCAGUGUACAUAAAGGGGAAUUUGUCGAAGAGCCUUUCCUCGAAAAAGUCAGCGGAAUCGACGAUUCAUCGAGUCCAGGAUAAAGAGCUCCUGGAGAUGGUGGACGAAGGCCUCUGUCUGUCGAUGCAUCAACCCUGGGCUUCUCUCCUCAUCGCUGGGAUAAAGAGACACGAGGGGAGGACAUGGUAUUCUUCUCAUCGAGGCAGAUUAUGGAUUCAUGCCGCCUCCAAGACCCCCUCUACCGAAGAAAUCUCCGGCCUUGAGCAUCGGUACAGAGUUCUAGUCGAUGAAAACAUCAAAUUCCCCCAGAAUUACCCCACGAAAGUCCUCCUGGGGUACGUCACAGUCCUCGAUGUCCUCCCUCAGACCGAAUAUCGCAAGGUUUAUCCUGAAGGGGAGUCAGACAGCCCCUACGUCUUCAUCUGCGAUGAUUUUCAUGAAUUACCGGUUAAAUUUCCCAUGCAGGGAAAAAUGAAAAUUUAUAAAUUGGAUAAGAAAAUUCAUCAGGCUGCGGUGAAGUGUGUAGAGCGUUUUUCCAAGGUGAAUACAUGAUAAUUAUUAACUUAAGCGCAUUGAGAGGAUUGAGAGAAGAUGAAGUUUGGAGAUCUAAAAAAAAUCUCUUCAAAAAUAAAUUACAAAUGAUUUUUCCAGAGUCUCGAUUAAU